AUGUGAGAAGGGGACGGGAGCCUCUUUGCUGAAUUUUUUGGCGCUAGCUUCUUCAGGGUUACCAAUUUUUGAAAUCUCUCGUCUUUCUAAAUUUCUUCAGAAAAUUUGUUAAUCGGAGAAUCAAUAGGCGAAAUUGAGAGUAGUCUCCGUCGUUGUCACCGGAAAAAAUGGUGUUCCUCUCACGGAAAAAACCUCCACCGCCUCCGCCUCCGUCAUCAUCCUCAGCUGCUCCGUCUCUCAAAAACCCCCAGUCGCAAAAGGAAUCCGUUGAACCCGACGCGGUGGAGAAGAUGACUGCGAUUCUAGCGGAAGUCGGAUGCACACUGAUGAACCCGUACGGUCCGCCGUGUCUUCCUUCCGAUCUACACGCUUUCCGCCGCAAUCUCACUAGUCGCUUUUCGUCUUGCUCCGCUAACUCCGGUGAGAGAGAUAACCUCGCUGCCCUUCGCUCUAUUUUCAUAGCUGGGUUCUCAUCGUACAUUCAAUUUCCAAGUAAUCUUCGUAGAUUCUAGGUGCCCUAGUGACACAUGUGGGAUCUGAUAACAAAUUUGAGGUCAGUUCUGUCUUGGAGAUGAUGACAGCUCUGGUGAAAAAAUAUGCACAGCAACUCCUUCCCUUUUCUUCCCACAUACAACGGUAUUUUGGACUACUUAGAGGGUUUUAGUAUUGAAAAUUUGCAUAAGGUCUAUGAGGUUUUCAGCCUCCUUGCACUAUCAGCUCGUGCAAGUGCUGAUUCUUUUCGAUCUUCAGUUUCAAAUGAACUUAUGAUGAUAGUAAGGAAGCAGGUUAGUCAUCCAGAUAAGGUGAUCAAACUUCUCAAACUAGUUGGAGAGAUGAGUUUGCUAUGGCUGGAAACCCGAACACAUCCAAUAUUGUGGUUUCUGAAGUUUUAUACUGUUUCAGUAAGAUGUUGACCCACCCGGAGUUUGAAACAGACAAAUUACUGCUGCUAAAUCUUCUUAAAGCCUUCCAGCCCACUGAAAUAAAAUGUGAUGUUUAAAAUGAUAGUCAAACUAAACUACACGAUUUAAAUGGUCUUAGACAAAGUUCAAGGUUUAAAUGGCGUUG